AUGUUGCUCAGUCGCUUCAGUCCCCAGGCCGCCCUCCGGCCCCGUCCGGGCUGUGUCAGAUGGCGCUCCUCCAUCCAUGCUUGCCAAAGCGGACGCUUCUCUGUUCUCACUCAAGGAGCAGCGACCAAGCAAGCCAUUCUUGAUCAUAUAAAGAAUGAUGCCCAUGAUGCUACCCUUCAAUUUUCUCAUGGGCUAGCCACGAGAAAGUCAGACUCGGCAGUCAUCCUUGCGUCUCGGCAGUACGCUACAUGGCUCGAGGAUCCGGGCUUCAUGGGGCCUCUCCUGCAGCAGUUCUUUGGUCAGUCCCAAGGCGAGACUACAAGCCAAGAAGUCAGUGUUCUAGGCGCCGUUGUAGACGGCCUCUGUCCUUUGCAGCCCUCGGUAAUGCCCCGUACAGGGUUCUCCAUUCUCCAUGGGAACCAAGACGAGAUCCUUCCAGAUCUCUGGGUCGGCAAACGGGAAUACAAGUUCCGUGCAGCAGAGGUCCAAGCAUCCAUAGCAGUCUCAUUCAGACCACUGCUCGGCGACUUCCAUCCCCUGAAUGUCACGAUCCCUUUGGCACAGACCAUCUUCCAGAACGGCAGGCCAUCCACUCUCCUUGCUACCCGGUGGAAAGCCGGUCUUUCCGGCUCAUAUGAGCUGCAAUCCCUCAUAGAGAAGGAUUCGCAGGUCAUAGUGCCGUCUUUGGCCAGCAUACAAGCGCAUGCCAGUGUCUCAGUGCCCCUAUAUCCGAUAUCAACGCCACGACAGAUAGUAUCGGGAUUGGGCAACAUUGUUCGUCAAGUCGAUAUCGAGGGCAAAGCUUCACCAGCCUCUCAGGAAUUAGAGGCUACAAUUCCCAAACUGCUCGACAGGCGGGCGAGGCUUAACCCAGACUUGGAACCGACGCCACUGGCUGUGUGGGCACUCAUCAUCCCCGCGGAUCUCACAGAAUCUUAUAUCGCAGCACAGACUGACACCGCCUCAGAUGCUGAGUCUGAUAUGGCUGAAGACUUUGCCCGGAGCUUCUCCAACCUCUUUGCUUCUGGUUGCCACCUUCAUCGAGUUUUGAGCGGCGGCGGUGGCUGGGGCGCAAAGCAAGGUCUUUUAUCGCUUGACCCUCAAACAAGAUAUAUGACUGCUGGGAAUGAGGACAUUGAGAGUUUUAUCAGCUCUUUCAGAGGAGAAAGCACGUCCGACAGUAUCGUGACUCCAGGAAACUACAUACAGUUCUUCGUCCAGCCCAUGCCCAACAAAACAGAGGAGUUGGCUCCGGUUGCGAAGCAGGCUGGCAGCAUGCCGUCCAUUGCGUUCGGAACGCACGCUGGCCCGCUUGACGAUCUGGUCGCCGGAGCGAAACCGUCGAUAACUGUCGUCGAUGAUCACUUUGGUGCGGUGACGUCUCAUGGCAUUUACAUUGAGCCAAAGCCAGACUUGGAGCAUCAAGUGCAAGUCAGAGAAGGCACGCACACCAAGAUUGACGCUCCCAACUCCUACAUCUGGGAGGGGGUAGGCAUCCUGUCCAUAGGGGAUAUGGGCUUGGGCAUCGCCAAGUUGCUCAUUGCGAAGGGCUUUACUAUCGCUACUAAUUGCAAAGGGCGAAGCCAAGACACCGUCUCCCGGGCCAAGUCAGCCAAAGUCACCAUCUUGGACUCGGACACUGACCUCGUCAACAAGUGCGACGUCAUCCUCUCCGUCGUGCCGCCCCGCGACGCCGUCGACACGGCGCAGCGCGUCUUUGACGCCGCCCAGGCCCUGGAAGCCAAGCCGGGUGGCAGGCAGCUCUACUUCGCCGACAUGAACGCCGUGGCGCCGUCGACCUGCAAAGCCAUGGCCGCGACCUUUGCCAAGUCUGCCGCGCCGAUCCGCUUCGUCGACGGCUGCAUCCUGGGCGGCCCGCCUGCUCCGCCCUCCUCCGCCGAUGCCGACGCCGGAGGAGGAGAGUGGUCCUGCCCGCUGAUGCCGACGUCGGGCCCGCACGACCUGGCGCAGGCCUUCCCGCUGCUCGCGCACUCGCUCCGGGCGCGGCACAUCUCGGACGCCGUCGGGGCCGCGAGCGGGCUCAAGAUGUGCUUCGCCAGCAUGUCCAAGGGCUAUGCCGCCAUCGCGACGCAGGCCUUCACGACGGCGCACCGGCUCGGCGUCCUGCCGGAGCUGCAGUCGGCGCUGGGAGAGCUGGCGCCCGCGCGGGCGCGGCAGAUCGAGGCGUCGCUGGCCGGGAUGCCGCCCAAGGCGUACCGCUGGGUGCGGGAGAUGGAGGAGAUAUCGCUCACCUUUGCCGAGGAGGGCGGGUUCGAGGGCGCGGCCGACAUGUUCCGCGGGGCGGCCGAGGUGUACCGGACGGUGGCGGAGGAGACGGUGCUCGGCAAGGAGAAGGUCGGGGAUAGGAAGAGGGGGCGGACGGGAGAGGAUGUGGCGGCGGCAAUGGCUGAGGGGAUCGAGCGGAAGAGGAAGAAGAGGGAUUGA